AUGGCCGCCGAGCCGGGCGGAGCUGGCCAGCCGCUCCCCGGGCCGGAGCUCCGGCCCCAGCAAUGGGCCGGAGUGCCGGCCCGUUAGGCUGGCCUCGCUCCGACACGGUCGCCAUGCCCAAGCGAGGGAAGCGGCUGAAGUUCCGGGCCCACGAUGCCUGCUCUGGGCGAGUGACCGUGGCGGAUUAUGCCAACUCGGAUCCCGCCGUCGUGAGGUCUGGACGGAUCAAGAAAGCGGUGGCCAACGCGGUUCAGCAGGAAGUAAAAUCUCUUUGUGGCUUGGAAGCCUCCCAGCUUCCUGCUGUGGAAGCUCUUUCUGGGGCCGGUGAGCCCUGUGACAUCAUUGACAGCAGUGAUGAGAUGGAUGGCCAGGAGGAGAGUCUCCGAGAGAGGACUGUCUGCAGAAAAAAGAAAAGCAAGAGACACAAAGAAGACGUGGAUGGGGCUGGAGGAGAAGAGUAUCCUAUGGAUAUUUGGCUAUUGCUGGCCUCCUACAUCCGUCCUGAGGACAUUGUGAAUUUUUCCCUGAUUUGUAAGAAUGCCUGGACUGUCACUUGCACUGCUGCCUUUUGGACUAGGUUGUACCGAAGGCACUACACGCUGGACGCCUCUCUGCCUUUGCGCCUGCGACCAGAGUCAAUGGAGAAACUGCGCUGUCUCCGGGCCUGUGUGAUCCGAUCUCUGUACCACAUGUAUGAGCCAUUUGCUUCUCGGAUCUCCAAGAAUCCAGCCAUUCCGGAAAGUACUCCCAGCACAUUAAAGAAUUCCAAAUGCUUACUUUUCUGGUGCAGAAAGGUUGUUGGGAGCAGACAGGAACCAAUGUGGGAAUUCAACUUCAAGUUCAAAAAACAGUCCCCUAGAUUAAAGAACAAAUGUGUGGUAGGGUUGCAGCCUCCUAUUCAAUAUGAAGAUGUUCACACCAAUCCAGAUCAAGACUGCUGCCUCCUGCAGGUCACCACCCUCAAUUUCAUCUUUAUUCCAAUUGUCAUGGGAAUGAUAUUUACUCUGUUUACUAUCAAUGUGAGCACGGACAUGCGGCAUCAUCGAGUGAGAUUGGUGUUCCAAGAUUCUCCUGUUCACGGAGGCCGGAAGCUGCGCAGUGAACAGGGCGUGCAAGUCAUCCUGGACCCCGUGCACAGCGUUCGGCUCUUUGACUGGUGGCACCCCCAGUACCCGUUCUCCCUGAGAGCAUAGUCACUGCUUCCCACCCCAGAGGCAGCCCUGAGCCAGAACACUCUAUUAGGAAUCCGGUUGCAGUUUGGAAGGGGCAGCUGGAUUAUAUGUCUGUUUAGUGAUGCAACUGCUCUUCCAAUUUCUAGGGGAGAAAAGCUGGAAUUAAAAGGAAAACAGUGAUUAUUUACAAACAUAUUUUAAUGUAAAAUUUGCAUUUGAAAAAAAAACUGGCCUAUUUUCUGUGUGAAGUCCCUUUUGGUGCUACUGAGUUUGUUCUUUAUUCUUUUAUCCCAGUGAAAAUGGAUGUUCUUGCUCUAGGGAAAAAUUAUACUCCUGAAUUUCCAAAAAAAGAAGUUUCAGCAUUGUCCUAAGAUCAGAAGUUCUUUAGAGGCCUCAAAUUAUUGCUACUUAAUUAUUGCUGUUGCUUCAAUUCAGCUGGUCCUUAAAUUCAAAUGACUAUUUUCUUCCUUUACCUUCCUUCAGAAAUAAAGCAGGCGACAGGGUUUUCAGAUCUUAUAAGAUUGACUUGUGUAACUUUCUUUUAGAGUAAUCUUUGGAUAUUUAUUGCAUAAAUACUGCUUUGCCAAUUGA